AUGGUCCUCAAAAUCACGGAAGCUUUCGCAUCCUCGUUCUUUCCGACUCAAUACAUCGUCCACAUCGUCGUUGGGAUCGUAGUCGUCCUCACACUACAUGCCGUCUGCCAAGGCCGACGAACAACCCGUGAACGAGAUCUACACGCCAGAACGGUAUUGAUAACGGGCGGGUUUACACCUCUGGGCCUGACAAUUCUCCAAUCACUAGCCCAACGCGGAGCCCACAUAAUCGCUCUUUCCCCAGACCCAAUCGACUAUGCCAACGUAACCAUUUUGAUCAAUCUCCUCUGCACAACCACUUCGAAUGAACAAAUAUUCGCAGACGAAUGCGAUGUCUCUUCACCCACCUCCAUACGCUCUUUCUGUACCCGAUUUCUCACCGGACAAGGUCAGAGAAUCGGCACUAUCAUUUUCGCGCACGAGUACCACCAAAUUGGCUCGUUCGUCUCACGUUUGGACAAAGAAAAGGAGCGAAAUGCGGGUUCUUUAGCGACAUUCUUGAUCACCACGCUGCUAUUGCCAGCGCUCCCGGUUGUGCCUGUAGAACGGGACAUUCGAAUCAUCAACGUCGUCAACUCAUUCUACGCAGCCGCCGCUACCCUCUUACCUCGUUUCGAUCCCCCAAAAGAAAGGUCCGUUUUCUUGAGGGAAGGCAUCCGUUCUCUACGAAACAUCAUCGUCACACGGCAUCUCCAACGUAUUCUAGACGCACUCCAUGCUGCACAGAUACCUAAACCGGAAGAAGGCAUAAGCAGAGUCGACACCAUCUCAGCUCUCUUCACCGCCGAUUGGACGAUACGUUCCGCACCUUUCGGAAUAGCCCUCUACAUCAUCCUCCAGCCCGUCGUUCGGAUCUUCUUCAAGUCCCCAGAAAUAACUAUGCAAUCCCCCGUAUUGGAAAUCCCGGAUGAUGGAGAGUACGGCAGGGAGGAUGCUGGGAGGCUUGUUUGGGAGGUGUAUGAGGAGGCUUUGAAGGUGUGGGAGAAGGAGAACACGGCCAGUGAGGAGGAUGCGAAGAGAGAAAGCGGGAACAGGAGGAGGUUGUAG